GCAAACCUGCAUGAUUGAGUCGUAAAUUCUUCUGUGUUUUCGAAGCAGCAGAUGUUAUUUUUUUCACUGUUAUUACAGUUUUAAAUGUGUAAAAAUGCUACUAACUUUAUUUAUUUCAGCUUAAUGGCAUAGAGAAGGUCAUGUGACAAAAGAAAGGCGACAAAAUGAGUUGAUAAGAAGCCAAACGGGCUGGAAAAUGUCUAAAUUCGCCGGAAAGGGUGAACGACGCGGCUGUUAGCAAACAGUUCGGGAGUAUCUGCGUUUGUUCUCUGGGUUUGGGUUUUCUCUUCCGUUCCUGCAGCGCCGUUCUUUCCCUCGUCAGUGUUUGGUGAUGGAGGCGAGUCCGGACAUCCACAUUUGCGGCUUCUGCAAGCAGCAGUACAACAACUUCGAGGCGUUCCUGGCCCACAAGCAGAGCGGCUGCUCCCAACCCACCGCCGAGCCGCUGGCCGCCGCGCUCGCGGGUGAGGCGCCGCUUCUGCGGUCAGUGCAGGGACCGGCAGCCGCUUUCAUCCUCCUUUCUCCUAAUGAACUCUUCCCAGAUUCCAGUAACGACUUCUCGCUGGAGGACACCCCGCAGAGCUGCCUGAGGAGGGGGGCGAAAAAGAUCCUGAGCAAAGCGCAGAAAGCGCCUGCGAAGAAACUGAAGCCCGCCGCGGCGUCCAAGAGACACUCCUGCUGCUUCUCAGGUUGCACCUUUAAGACCCAGUAUGGCCAAAAGCACAUGGAGCGGCAUCUAAAGACACACACCGGUGAGAAGCCGUUUGAGUGUGAGCUGUGCCACAAGCGCUUCAGCCGGCGGGACAAGCUCAACAUGCACAGCCGCUCGCACACCGGAGAGCGGCCGCACAAGUGCAAGCUCUGCCCGUACGCGGCGGCGGACAGCAGCAGCCUGAAGAAGCACCUGCGCAUCCACUACGACGAGCGGCCGUUCAAGUGCCAGAUCUGCCCGUACGCCAGCCGCAACUCCAGCCAGCUCACCGUCCACCUGCGCUCGCACACCGGCGACGCACCGUUCCAGUGCCAGCAGUGCGACGCCAAAUUCAAGAUCAACUCCGACCUGAAGCGGCACGCUCGGAUUCACUCGGGGGAGAAACCCUACAAGUGCGACUUCUGCGAGUACCGCUGCACCAUGAAGGGCAACCUGAAGUCGCACAUCCAGAUCCGACACAGCAGCGAGGACGCCCUUCAGUGCGCGCUGUGCGACUUCCGGUGCGCCAGCAAGACGGCGCUGCGGCAGCACUCCCGGCAGCACCGGCCGGCGCAGCCGCUGCAGUGCUCCAAGUGCACUUACUCCUGCUCCAGCAAGGGGGCGCUCAAAGUUCACGAGCGGAUCCACUCGGAGGACCGGCCCUUCAAGUGCGACUUCUGCGGCUUCUCCUCCAAGCAGCUCAGCAACCUCGCCAUCCACAAGAAGAAGUGUCACUCGGAGGCGCAGGAGAACGGCGCCGGGAAGACGGCGGGCAGAGUGAAGGGCGCUGCCGCCGACCCGCCCAAGCCCGUCAGCUCUCGGUACCGGGCCAAGCUGGAGGCGGCCCGGGCGUACUGCUGCGACCUGUGCAGCGCGUCGUUCGUGAGGGAGGACUCGCUGCGCAGCCACGUGAAGCAGCACCGAGACAACCUGGUCACCGCCGCUGAUCCAGUCAGCCUGCUUCCUGUCGCCACGCCACACGCCACCCAGCUUCCCAUCCAGACCGCCGCGGUGGCGCCCUUCACAAACGCGCAGCUCAAAAUCCUCGUGGCGCCGCAGGACGCCUCCAUCCCCGCCGCCGCCGUGGACGCCCAGAACAAAACCAACAUGGUUCUGCUCAGCCCGGAGAACCAGGACAUGGUCGUCAACUCCGUCAUCCACCAGGUCAACCUGCUGACACCCGUACAAACCCUGGGGUCGCCCCAACCCGCCGGAGGGCCCGUCGAGCCCCACGCGGUCCUGCUGACCCAUCUGAGCCCCGAGGACAGCAGCAACCCGCUCCACCAAGCGCUGCUGCAGACCGCCAUCAGCUCCCACGACGCCAGCGCCGCCCAGACUUUCAUCACCGCCUGCCCUGAGCUGGACGGCCUCAACUCCCUCAUCCAGGGCGGGGGGACCGAGGUCACCGUGGUGACGGACGGAGCAGCCUCGCCCGCCUCAGCGGCGAAGGUGGAGGAUGGCGCCCUGGCGUGCCAGGAGACCUCCGUCCUGGUGCCCGGCCUCGGCGGCCAGAACGUUCUGAUCCACGGCCUGCCGCUAAUCGUGUCCAGUCAGCUGCAGCAGGGCACCGUGGAGCUGUCGCCCAACACGCUGUACGCAGACGCCCACACACUGGACGGCCUGCAGCAGUGAGCGGGACACGCCCCCUUCUGCAGAAACGGUGUUGACUGGAGAAUACGAACACAAUCAUUCUGAUUUAUUUCAGAAAAAAACUAUUUUUCACAUGAGUUUUUAAUAAUGUUUACAUUAAAUAGUAAAUUAAUUUAUGUUAAAUACAUUCUGUUGAUAUUUCAUAGUGAAUUUCUUCUUAUUUUCACCUCAAAUCCACAAUAUCAGCAAAUGAAAACCUUCCUGUAGUUUCCUAGUUUGUCCUGUAGAUGGCAGCAGAGCGUCAGAGUGAAUCUGCUUCUACUGUUGAUGGAUUUCUCAGAAUAAUCUCAAACUCUGCAUCUUGUCAGAAGACAUCAAUUGAGUGUCAUAUCAAGACCUUCGUUCUUUAAAAGCCGAGUUUGUCUCCUGAUAGAUUUUCCGAUAAAGUGCCUCUUCUGCUCGCCGCCUCCGCCGCCCUUUUGUUUCCGACGCACUUAAGUCUGCUGCACCUGAAUAGGAGCCUCCUUUCCAGCGCUUCAGAUUGAUCUCUUUUUUCCUCUUCGCCGGCGCUGAGGCACAGUGGGAACACCCACAACGGCGGCGGCGGCGGUCUGUUGUCCUCGACCUCCAAGAAGAAACUGUUCUCAAAGAUGCUUUAGUUCAUCAUCUUAAUUGAAUGUCAGUUUAGAACGCCACGUUUGCCUGACAGCUGCAUCACCUACACGUUUUAAUGUUUAUUUUUGCUUUUUUACUGAAAGGGGUUUGCUUCAUGUAAAUAUCAAACUGGUCUAUUUUUGUCCUGAAAUACACACUUUUGAGUGAAUGUCCAGUAAAGUGACGCUUCAGUUCUUAGACUUCAAACUCAGCAGAACAUCUGGGGAGCAAAGCAUCCUGGGAUACGAUUGGGUUUUCCUUAAAGUUUGGAAUCUCCUGAUUUCUAUCUUGGUGGCCUCAAAGAUCCUCUAUUCGUGGAGAUGAAGUCUCCACAGGAAAACCAUGAAGAGGUGGUCUCUGGUGAACCCUUUGAUCUAUUAUCUAACAGACUUCCAGGCCAUAAUCCUGAGAGCCCGCCCCCUCCGCUGCCGCGCCCCCUCACUGCCCUCUCCUUAAACUUCAGACGUCAGAGUUGAGGAUUUUCUGCAAAAAUGUGAUUGAAUCUUUCAUCACAUCUAACUUUUAUUAUUUUUAAAGAGUUCAGUAGAAAUUCUGUAUGAACAGUUGGUACCAGCAUUAAAAAAAUAAAAAACAAAAUCUACAACUUUAUAAUUAGAUUUUGAAGGAAGUUUUAUUUUGAAAAACUACUAGAUUGUCCUCUUUCAUGAAGCACGUCAAGUCAUACAGUUGCGUUGAAAAUUAAUCUGCUACUAUUUUAGCUCGGCUGCAUUAAAUUAAGACCCUUGAGUUCAUUUUUAAUUAGAAAAGAGUCGGUGAGGAAACGGAGUCUCAGACUUCAAAAUAAAAGAAAUCAGCAUUUAACAGACUAAAAUCUGGAGUCUUUACUGCAACAGUUGUUCCUAAACACAAUAAUAAUCAUAUUCAGCAACAAACUGUCUAAUGUUACGAGGAGGCUGCUAAUAAAGUUUUUUCAACAGUG